AAAUAAAAAUAAAUUAAAUUAAAUCGCCGAAAAAACCAACCUCACACACCCUCUCUCUACUUUCUCUCUCCUCUUCCCCAAACAACCCCCGCGUGUGGCUUCAAUUUUCUCUCUCCUCACCUCACUUUAUCGGCUCCUUUCAUCGGAAUCCUUUCUCUCUCCUCCUUUUUCCCCCAAUUUUUGGAUUAAACCCUACCUUAAUUCUUCAAGUUCAUGCUAUUAUAUCCUCAAUUUCGAUUAAUUUUUCAAUCAAUUUUGUUGUUGAUUGAAGUUUGAUUCAUCGAUUAUUUUUAUGGAUCGGAUCAUCGGCGGCAAGUACAAGCUUGGUCGUAAGAUCGGAAGUGGUUCUUUCGGCGAAAUUUUCGUUGCUACUCAUAUUGAUACCUUCGAAAUUGUCGCUGUGAAGCUCGAGAAUACUAAGACGAAGCAUCCACAAUUACGGUAUGAGGCGAAGGUAUACGACAUUCUUCAAGGAGGAAGUGGAAUUCCAAGUGUGAAGUGGUCUGGGGUUGAUGGAAACGAUAAUAUCCUCAUUAUUGAUUUGUUGGGGCCUAGUUUGGAGGAUCUCUUUGUAUACUGCGGGAGAAAGUUUUCGUUGAAGACUACCCUAAUGUUGGCUGAUCAAAUGAUUACAAGAAUAGAAUAUGUUCAUUCGAAAGGCUUUUUACAUCGAGAUAUUAAACCUGAUAACUUUCUCAUGGGUCUAGGUCGAAAAGCUAAUCAGGUCUACAUUAUUGAUUUCGGACUUGCUAAAAGAUAUCGUGAACCAACAACGAAUCGUCAUAUUCCAUACAGGGAGAACAAGAAUCUGACGGGGACUGCACGUUAUGCUAGUUGCAAUACUCAUCUUGGCAUUGAGCAAAGUCGGCGUGAUGAUUUAGAGUCGCUUGGAUAUGUUCUCCUUUAUUUUUUGAGAGGAAGCCUACCCUGGCAAGGUCUUAAAGCUGCAACCAAGAAGCAAAAAUAUGACAAAAUAUGUGAGAAGAAGUUGGCUACUCCAAUAGAGGUCUUAUGCAAGUCACAUCCUGUUGAAUUUGCCUCAUACUUGCAUUACUGCCACUCAUUGACAUUUGAUCAGCGACCUGAUUAUGGGUUCUUGAAGCGCUUGUUUCGUGAAUUAUUUACUCGUGAAGGAUAUUCCUUUGAUUACAUCUUUGAUUGGACCAUUAUGAAAUAUCAGCAGGUUCAAAAGAGUAGAAAUCAGCCUCAGUUAUCACCAGCUGCAGGAGGUAGUAGCAGUUGCGCAAUGCCCAUGGAUGUGGACAAUCAAGGGGGUCAAUAUGCCACGCAUGCUCAUGGUAUCACUGACCGUGCUAGAGGGGGCAAUGGUGCAGCUUCUGAUGCCCGCAUGCAUUCUAGUUUAGCCGUUGAGAAAAACCGGACAUCUGAAACCAUGGCAUACAAAGAUUUGCCAUCAACUUCAUUUUCUUCACAAGGGGUCUUGAGAAAAGAUGCUGCUGAUCCUGUUAGGCCCACUGAAGCUACAAACUCGAAUCAAGAACAUGUUAAUAAAACUGGUCCAUCAAGCAGAUGGAUUUCUCCCCUGAUGCGAAUUUCAUCUGCAAAGUGAUUGAAGGUGAAGAUUAUGCUGGAUGAUCUCUUAAUGCAAAUCUCUGGGCACCUGUUGCACCUCAGUUUUGCCGCUACCGUUGCUAUUUGAGCUUGUACCAUGCAAGACAUUCUCAGAAGUGUGGCAAAUAUAUUUGGACUUACAGUGUAUGAUCUAAAAAAGCUUGGUGCGACUGGUGUGCUGAUGCCAUGAAUCGCACACAUCACUCUUGUAUUUACAAUCCUGUGUAAUAUGACAACUUGUGGCAUAUUCAUCCGUGUGUGUUCCAUAAAGGUUGCAGAAUCCUCUCUGCCACACGGUUGUCCUCAACAGCGUUCAUCUAUUUGGUUCAUGGUUUUGUGAGUUGCAUUUGUACUUUUAUGAGAAUCAGGUGUAUGUGACAGUAGCAACAUACAUUAGCUUGACUAUUAUUAAUUCUCUUCUGAUCUUAAUAAAAAAGUUUGGUGGUGUUUAUUGUACCUCUUCAUUCUUGCUACUCUAUAAAGAAGCUGUCAGUUAAAAGGAAGUUUACAUAACAUCUCAUAUGCAAGUGCUCUAUUGAGACUUUACUUGCAAAAUUUUGUUGUCACUGUUUUCCCUUUUCAAAAAACUUUUUCUUAUUUACUGGCAAAUUGAUACUAUUGAAUCCUGUUUUCAUGGGCAAUUUUCAAAUUAAUUUUAAUAUCUUUGAUUUCUUUUAUUACAUUGUCUAAACUAAUGGAUUUUGUAUCUGUGCUUCUUGCAUAAUCUUGGCUGGUUAUCUUUCAGCAUCUUCAAUUAUAUAUACUUCUUUUGUUUUCCAUAUUUCACUGUUAAAAUUUUGAACAUCAGUUCUACAAUGCACUUUCAGAAUGUAUUCUGUUAUCUGACCUCAUUCUGCAUAUCUAUUGUCUGGUCUUACUGAGUUCCUUGGUAGUCCCCGGAAUCAUUUUGCAGUAUAAGGUCUUCUUCUUAUCUUACUUCUGGCAUUAUGUAUGCUUCCUGUCCCACUUCCUUUUCGCCCUGAUUUUUUUUAAUCUCUUGAUUUUUGUUUCAUGUCUGUUUUCAGUGUCAUAAAUAUGCUUUAAUCAUUCUGUAUUUGUAUCAAUUAAAGAAUGCUCUGUAUUAAAUUUAUUGCCUAAAGCUGUUUUUGACCUUUUCUUUCGUGUCUGAAAGUGAAACCAUAUCCUGUAUUGAAUCUUUUCUUCUUAUGGAUCUUCAUGUAACCAAAUGGGUCCAAAUCCCUUAGUUUUACGUGCAAUAUUCUUUUUUUUUUCUUUUCUGUUUUAUGAAAAACUUUGACAAAGGAGCAUGCUGCAUAUUGAUGAUACUUGCUAUUAACUGCUCCCAUAGUUAUUCGAUCCUUUGAGUUCACACUUUAUGCUCUGCAGGGAUUUUCAGAAUAAAGAUAUGGAAGGUCCUUGGUGUUCCAACUUCCGAGUACAUCUCAACAUGCCUCGUCUUGUGAUUGCACAAGGAUGAAGUCUACUGGUCUCUGUAUUUGGAAGUUAUUUUUGUUACGAAGUACUAUUUAGCUCCCGGUCAAAUGCUGCUGGCGAACUCUCCAAGAUCUUGUGUUGAUCAUAACUGCUUUGGAACAAGGAUAUGUAGCACUGUAGUGUAGGGAGGUGUAAUUUCUUCUUUUAAACUGCUACAUCUGUCGGAGCUGUGGGGCUAAAAAUCCAGGUCUGCAAAUUCAUUGCUCUAGCCACCUGAGCUUUUGCCAGCACUCAGCAGUGUUUAUGGAGUUUAAGCGACAAAGCUCUGAUUACAUAUAUGAAGAGUUUACUCCUAUUUUUUCAUAGAAUAUAUAGUUUCAUGUUGAAGUGUGUGUCAGAAUUUGAGCAGUGCCCAUUCAUGUAUUGCCUGCCGUAUGCAAGCCUGCUGGGAUAUGGUGUGCUUAAACCCUCUCUAUCUAUCUCUAUCCAAGAGAUGGAUGGGAAACAGAGUUUAGUGAAUUCUCCCCGGAACUAGAAGAUCACACAGAUUUGUUUCUAAAAAACAGAUUUUGGGAUCGACUACAAUUGCAGUUUUAAGCUACUGCAUUUUCUUAAUAUCUUGUUCACCCUAUGCUGGGGUACAGCUGUGGCUGACUGAUUCUGAUGUCCUUCAUCUGAUUCCAGAAGUCAAUUUUGUCAUUGGGAUUUGUUACUUAUAAGGUGCCAGGUAUGUUAACAUUCAUAGGAAGUUUGAAUUUUAUUGUAAUUUCUCUUUUUGUGAGCUAGCCUGCACAUGUUACCUUCCUAGUUCCCGGUUUCCUUUUUUAGGGUGGAAUUGAUUUUCUAAAGGGUGAGCUAAACUUUUGCUUCUGAGAAGCUGAAUUGAUUUGCUUUGUUAAUUGGCAAGGAGCUAUAUGAGUAUAUUCUAGCGCUUGGAGUUGGGGGAUAAACUAGUUGAAUUUUUUCUUGAAGGAUUCCUGAGUUUGUUAGCGGCCUGACUGGUCUAUCACCGGCUUUGAGUCAACUUCAUGAGUCGUGACCAGUCUUCUUUCUUCUGUUAAAAUUCUGACCUUGUGACCCUCUUUUCUUUUUUUAUUUACCCCCGCCACUUCUUUCAUUCCAGGUGACCUUGUAGCAACUGUACCUCCACCCAUUAAUGCACAUAUAUGUGCAGAAGGUGAUAUUUGUGACCUUCUAGCGAGCUAAACACAGUACUUAGAUUUGCUAUGUGUUUAGAAGAUUUACCUUCCUUUCAGCACCAAGCGUUCAUCGUGGAGAAAGUAGUUACAAGGUUGGAGACUAGAAUUUGAUGAUUUGCAUGCGUUUUGCACACAUGCUACUUUGAAGUGUUUGGAUGAUCUGUUUGUGCAAUGGCUUAUGUUCGUUUCUUUGGGAUUAUAGACUUUCGUGCAUUCAACACACACCUCACAACACACAUGGAAUGCAGUUAUUACAGAAGGGGUUGGCUAAGAAAAAGCCAAAACAUGCAGGUUGGUGUCAAAUUUUCUAGAUUUUAGCCUAAAUGCCAGCUAGAUUUAGUUGAGUAUUUCGAACGGAAAUUUCUUCUUGUUGGAUGUGGGGCACAAGUUCAUAGGGGUGGAGAAUAAUUACAUUAUGGCCCUCUCAUCUUGUAUUUCUCCAAGAGAGUUGAAGCUGUGUUGGUUGAAACUUAAAUAUGUACAGCGAUAAUGCAAGCUUUGUCAAUGACAUGAAGAGAAAAGAUAGAUGAUGCUUAAUUUUUCUUGCCUCAA